ACUUCACUUGUUUUCUCAGAUGGAGGUGAAGAAGAGAAGAUGGAAACAGAGACAGAUGGGCAACAGCCUGAGAAGGUUGAAAACAAAGCAGAGAGUGAAAUUGAGGAAGGCGAUAAAGUACAAGAAGGAGAAAAUGAGAGAAAUCCAGAAAAAGAGCAAGACAGCGAAGUGACUGCAGACACCAAGCCAGAAGAAAAGGAGGCAGAAGAGAACAAGGAGAACGUUGAUGCAAGCAAAGACAAAGAAAACGAGGCUGGGAAGAAGAAAGUGGAACACGAAAUCUCGGAAGGAAACGUAGCUACAGCUGCAGCUGCUGCCCUUGCCUCAGCUGCCACCAAAGCAAAGCACCUAGCAGCAGUGGAAGAAAGAAAGAUCAAGUCCCUGGUUGCCCUUCUGGUGGAAACGCAGAUGAAGAAGCUGGAGAUAAAACUUCGCCAUUUUGAGGAGCUGGAAACCAUUAUGGACAGAGAGAAAGAAGCAUUAGAGCAGCAGAGACAGCAGUUGCUGACAGAACGCCAGAAUUUUCACAUGGAACAGCUGAAAUACGCUGAAUUAAGGGCUCGUCAGCAAAUGGAGCAGCAGCACAGUCAGAACCCCCAGCAGUCUCACCAGCACUCCAGUGGGCCUGGGAUGAACCCCCUUGGGGCACCAGCACAUCCAGGCUUGCUGCCCCACCAGCAGCCCCCGCCGUACCCGAUGAUGCACCACCAAAUGCCGCCACCUCACCCACCGCAGCCAGGUCAGAUGCCGGGACCCGGUUCCAUGAUACCCGGACAGCCCAUGCCAGGCCGGAUGAUGCCAAGUGUGUCAGCCAACAUCCAUCCAGCCGGUGGUGGUCCCCCCCCACCCGGCAUGUCACCGAUGUCAGGGAAUCUAAUCGGACCUCGUGUUCCUCUAGCAGCUCCAAAUGGCAUGUAUCCCCCUCCUGCACAGCCACCUCCGCCCGCGGAAGGGGUGACCCCACCUCCGGCAGGAGCCCCGCCGGCCUCGGCCGCUCCCUAAGCAGUCAAAGAAGAAGGAACUUCUACAGCAACAUAGUGGUGACCAAAAAUGAAUUUAUCAGUUACCUUCUGUUCCCCUGGGAGGUUUUCACCUCCCGUUGGCUUCCCCGGUCGUGUAUGUGUGCACAUACAUACACAUCUGCAAGCACACACACACAGCAUCUUCCCCCCCACCCCUCCCCACCGCCCGUGACCUGGCAGUGCUUGGCAUUCCUUUGGGAAAGCUUUAGAUCAAAGGUGCCAGUCGUGCCUCCCAUGUUGCUGGUGGGAAGUCCUUUACGCUUUGGUCUGCUUGCCUUUCGAGUGUGCUCGACUCUGGUUUCUUUCGUCUUGGUGUUUUGAGCUUUGGGUUCUCCUGGGGAGGGUAAAAAUUAAAAAAAAAACCCAAACCCCAAGCUUUUAAGGUGGAGACAUUCACUGAGCUUUAGGAUGUAGCACGUGCCCGCUCCGCCUGUGAUUUAAAGUUUGGGGUUCUCCAGGUAGAGCAAAGCAUCAAGCUCGGAUGCCAAACCAGUGUUUUGAGCAGAGAAGGAAAACAAGGGCGUUCUGCAGCGCAGGUUUUUUUUCAGCCGUGUUGGUUACAGAUAUCUGAUCAUUAAGGACAGCAGCCGAGUCCUGGGGCUGCCUCGCUAACUUAUUAAAGAAAAUAUUGAUCCAGUGCGAAUGAAGCCAGGAGUGAAUCAAUUGGAAUAAAACCACUCAAUGGUAGGAGUUUUCUUGCUCCAGUUUUUACCUUUCUUUUGCCUUUGAAGGUGGUAGUGGAACCUUCCCUCUGAGUAGUUUGGUACAGUAGCCAACUGAGGAAUAAACCCCAUGAUUUUUAGUCCCUCUUUUUGGAGCAUAUACUUUUUACUUUUUAAAAUGAACAAAACAAAAAAAAAAAAAAAGAAAAAAAAAAAAGUAGGUAGCGAAGAAGUGCUAGCGUACGGGAUUUGGGUUGGGAUGGCUGGGGUGCGGGUGCCAGAACUACCUCCUGCGGACAGCCGAGGGGGGCAGCGGCCGCGGCACGCGUCCUGGGGACGCCUCGCACGUCGCCUUCCGUGGUCUGCGGGCUUGCGGGCGAGGGAACGGCUUCAGCCGGCAAAUCUAGGAGCAUGCGUUGGGCGAGACCCUGCUGGUGGAGACCUCCAGCCGGCCAGAGCUGCUCAUUUGCUCGGCGUUAGUGACUACAAAAGAAAAAAUCCUUUGCUGGCUGGGGUUUGGCUUCUCCACCCUCUCCCUGGCAUCAGAGGGUUUGAGAGGUUUCCUUGCCGAGGGUCUGAAGACUGCUCACUUAGCUAAAGGGCGGCUUUCAGCGACCGAGUGCGAGGUGGUGGUCUAAGGCUUGACCCGGAGAGAGAUCUCCCAAAUUAUUUGAGCCCUGCAGAACCACUUAUACCAUAAAAACAAAAAUUACUUGCUUUGAAGAGCACUCAGGUGAUUGACUCAUCGAUAUUAACGCUCGAACUUCCCCGGUCCUGAGAGGGCGCGCGCGUGGGGUCACCAUUGCCGGGCUGCGUGCGCAGGCGAUCGUCCGCAGCCCCGUGUCACUUCCAGCGCGGGGGAACGAUGCUUUCCGCCGUCAAGCUCCGAGAAGCCACAGUGCCUAGCAGAGAACGGUCAGGGCCUGCCUGCCUUCCGCCUCCCACAAAGGAAUUUUCAUCCCCACUCUUCCCUUUCCCUCCAGGGUCUUUGGGGUGAGCAUGGGCUUUUCUGGUUCAGACCUUAGUCCGGUUUAGAAUAACCUCAGGUUGUUUUUAGCGCGAUCAACUUCAAAUAUAAAGGAUCCAGAUGGAGACUUAUUUUUUACUGUACUAGCGAUGAUCCUACAGAGUACCUGAAUUCUCGACACUGUUGUGUUUCUGUAUAAAUGAUACAUGUGCUGACUUUUUCAUCUGAUCCUCUGUAUAGGGCCGGUUUUAUUCCUGCAACAC